AUGGGGGAAAGUGUCCUUGGUCCUCUCAUCCACCGCCAAAGCAAGCCUGGUGGGUUAGAACCUCCCCAGAUCGGGCAGAGGGUGAAGAAGGUGCUCAAAGCCGUCUUUGCUAUCUGGCACCCCAAAGCGCCGGCGCUGCCCGUGGAGGACGUGCGCCUCAAGCCCAUCCUGGCGCGGGCCAAGCUGAGCGUGCCGGUGACGGAGGGCGCCGUGGAGGUGAAGGUGGCCGGGCGCUGGCGGCAGGUGUGCGGCGCCGCCUGGACGCGGAACAACAGCCGCGUGGUGUGCGGGAUGCUGGGCUUCCCACGCGAGGCGCCCCUCAGCACCACCUUCUACAGGAAGCUCUGGAACAAGAAGCUGCAGGACCCCAGCUCCAGGCACUUCCACAGCAUCGAGGUCUUCACGCACUACGACCUGCUGACGCUCAACGGCUCCAAGGUGGCCGAGGGCCACAAGGCCAGCUUCUGCCUGGAGGACACCCACUGCCCCGAGGGUAGGCGCUUCGCCUGCGCCAACUUCGGUGAGCAGGGCGUGAGCGUGGGCUGCUGGGACACCUACCGCCACGACAUCGACUGCCAGUGGGUUGACAUCACCGACGUGCCGCCCGGCAGCUACACCUUCCAGGUGGUGGUGAACCCCAUGCAUGAGGUGGCCGAGUCGGACUUCUCCAACAACGUGAUGCGGUGCCAGUGCAAGUACGACGGGCAGGGCGUCUGGAUGCAUGGCUGCCACACGAGUCAGCGG